AUGAAGUUAUCCCUUCCCAGUCUAUCAAUUGCAGCUGGCCUGCUAUUAGCCUCUUCGACAUUUUUGCAGCAGGCUUCUGCAUUGUCGCUUACGAUCCGAAAUGAUGUUCCUGGUAACUCAAGUUCACCAAUCCUAUAUGGUCUCAUGUAUGAAGACAUCAAUAGAUGCGGUGAUUCCGCUCUUUACGGUCAAAUGCUUCGCAACUGGAACUUCCAGGCCAACGACUCUGGCGGUGAUCCCGAACUUGAGUUCUGGAACGUUAUCGAAGAAGGUAGCAGCUUAGCAUCAAUUACUUUGGACGACGAGGUUGGUUUGAACAACGCCAACACCAACUCCUUACGUUUGGAUGUCAAGUCACUUGACUCGGGUCGUGCCGGUUUCUUGAACAAAGGCUGGUGGGGUCUUCGUGUCCAGCCCGACGAAUCGUACAAGGCCACCUUCUUUGCCAAGUCCGAUGGCUUCUCGGGUCCUUUGAACGUUACUCUCGAAAAGGCCGGUGGUGGUGUUCUUGCAUCCACCCAAGUGGAUGGCUUGACUUCAGACUUCCAGAAGUUCGAGGUUUCCCUGAAGCCUGAAGAUGUUGACGAAGCAUCUAUUGAUAAUGUCUUUGCUAUCUCGGUCGAUUCGGAAGAUGCUGUUGGCAACUCUAUUUGGUUCCAAGUCUUUUCUUUGUUUGGUGAAACUUACAAGGAUCGCGAAAAUGGUCUUCGUAAGGAUAUUGCCGAAACUCUUGCUGCAUUGGAGCCCAAGUUCUUCAGAUUCCCCGGUGGUAACAACUUGGAGGGCCAGACUAUCGACACACGCUGGAAGUGGAACGAGACCAUCGGUCCUCUUGAAGAACGCAAGGGCAGAAUGGGCGAUUGGACUUACUGGAAUACAAACGGUCAAGGUCUUCUUGAUUACAUGUACAUGACUGAAGAUAUGGGCAUGGAGCCUAUCGUUGAUGUCUAUGCUGGUUAUUCGCUUCAAGGCGACAGCGUCCCUGAAGACCAACUUGGUCCUUUUGUGCAGGAAGCUAUGGAUGAAUUGGAAUACCUUCUGGGUGACACUUCGACUCCUUUCGGCAAGCUUCGUGCUGAGCAUGGUCGCGAAGAGCCAUUCAAAUUUGAUAUGAUUGAAAUCGGUAAUGAAGAUUGGUUCAGCACUACCUACGACUACCGUUACAAGGCUUACUAUGAUGCUAUCACCGAAAAGUAUCCUGACAAGACUAUCAUCUCCACUGCCGCUCAGGAGUCGCGUCCCUGGGAUCUCAUUGAUGAUCACUACUACGUUACCACUGAUGAAAUGGUCAACAACUUUGACUAUUAUGAUAACUAUGCUCGUAGCGGCAACGGAUCUGGUAUCUUUGUUGGAGAGUUUGCCACCAAUACAGAGGGUUGCUGUGGUAAUAGCCCUGCUAAUCUUGAGGCCGCUCUCGCUGAUGGUGUCUUCAUCACCGGCUUGGAACGAAACUCAGACUUUGUCAAGAUGAUUGCUUAUGCCCCAGCCAUGAAGCGUCUUGAUCAAGAGCAAUGGGAUCCUGACAUGAUUCAUUUCGAUACCAAGAGCGUUGUUGUUGCUCCAUUCUACCACGUUUUCCAAAUGUACAGCACGCACCAUUCCGAUACCAUCCUGCAAGUCGAUGCUGACGAAGGCGGUUUCGAUCCUCUCUACUGGGUUUCUGGAUCUAACAAGGAGAAGAAUGAAAUUUACGUCAAGGUGAUCAACCUUGAUUCAGAGCCUCAACCUGUCAACUUUAACUUGAAGGGUGUCAAGGUCAUUAAUUACGGUAACGCAACCUUCAUCUCUGGCCAACCCGCAGAUGAAAACACGCUCGACUCCCCCAGUACUAUUGCUCCCAAGAAGAACACUUUCCACAUUAGACAUCAAAACCAAUUUGGCUAUACCUUUGAGCCAUACUCAGCUACUGUAUUGACUAUGAAGAUUGAUAACUAA